GGGAGUUGUUGCUAGUUGUUUCUAAGAUUGCUGUGCUUUCUUUUAAUACCCUUUGUUUGACUCUAGACAAAGGGUGAUUUUGAAUGCUACAGUUUUGUUUAAUUGUUUAUUGUUCUCCAGUCUAAAAUAGAGGAAAAGGCUUAACUUGGAGUGGUUAGAUGCAGAGUUAGAUUUUCUGUCUGAACUCAGGGAACAAUCUGAGCUUUUAAAUAACUCAUCCACAUCAUGUUUGGCAUUAUCUAGAUCAAAAUUUUCCAGUACAAGGAAUAUAUGAACGAUAAAAUAAACAAGGUAUAAACGCUCCCUUUUUGUUCCUGGGUUUUCUAUUGGAUUUGGAAAAUAAAAAUGGGUCAGCUGUGUACCAAGUGUGUUCAAUUGCUUUACAACUUUGCUGUCUCAGUGAAAACACUGUUGUCAGGUUUGUUGCUUGACAUUAGAGAGUGUUUGGCUCAGAUCGCUGACUGCCCUUGCCUAAAACGAAAAAAUGUUGAAAUGAGGCAGCUCUACCAACCUGUUCUUCAUCCCUAUGAAGAGGAAACUGCCCAAGAGUUUCUGCAACACAUUCAGAAAGGUUUUGAAAUGUCAUCACUUGGCAAGAUCUCUUUAGAGGCCUUGAAGACCUUGGCAUUUUCUGAUCAUCCUGGCUUGCAAAUGCUUGCUGCUCUCUACUAUCUACACAUAAGCCAAGACUCAUUAAACAUCCAUCUGUCCCGAGAGCAUUUGGAAACAUAUUAUGCUUUGCUGAAGUCUAAUGAUUUGGAGGUGCAGCAGAUUUCAUCCUUAUCCCUGCUCAGCUUUUUAUUAGAAGGAAAUGUAACCAAGGAGCAUGUCAUAGAAAUGGAUUUACUUGAGCCAAUCCUAGAGCUACUUGAAUCGGACGAUAUCACUGUCCAGGGGAAUUCCUGUACCUGCUUAAUGAUGCUGGCUGACUCAGAGGCCUGUCGGAAUGCCAUGGCAGCAGCCGGAGGAACUAUACCCUUGCUUUCCCUUUCUAAAUCUCACGAUAUUGGUGUUCAACAAAAUGCUGUUCAAGCUAUUUUCAACCUCACGCGAUCAGAAUGGAUCCAAAGGGUUUUGGUUCGUCAAAGUGCUCUCCCAAUUCUCACCCAUUUAUUAGAGUCUUCUGACACAGAAGUUCAGUAUUACAGUUGUGCUGCUCUCAGCAAUGUGGCUACAAAUUCACAGCACCACAAAGCCAUGCUUCACGUUGGUGACAGGUUUCUUCUGCAGACUCUCCUUUCUCUCCUAUCUUCUGGUGUGGACAAGAUUUCAAACCAGGCUUGUAUUUGUCUCAGGAAUUUGGCCACAAAUGAGUUUGUUCUGACCAGUCUUGUUGCUAUGCAUAUCCAGUCCCGUCUUCUUCCUCUCUUGACAUUUAGAAAUAAGGAGAUUCAGCAGAAUUCAGUAAUUCUCCUCCAGAUAUUAUCCCAACACUCAGGCAACCAGGAUACCCUGAUGUCUGAUGAGAUGCUGCAAACUUUGGGGGAACUGUUGCUUACCUGGAGAACAGACCCAGUAAUUGUUGGCCAUAUGGCUUGCCUCAUCAAAAAUCUCAGCCUUUCUAAAAACAUACAGAAAAUCUUAGAAAGCCCAUGUGUUGAAGGCCUUCUUCAAGCUAUCCAUAGUGCCCAUUUACUAGAAGAUUCCCUUUUCUAUGUGAUAUCUUGUCUUGCUGAACUGGUGAAGCAUGAAGGAGCCACGGCGCAUAUUGUAGCAUUGAUGGAUGAACCAUUGAUAAGUCAUUUGGUGAAAUUAGCUAACCAGGUGGAACAAACCGAGCUUUCAUUCCAAGCUGCUUUUAUGAUCAAACACUUCGUAAGGCAUGAGGAGAUAGUGUCUCUGUUAAAAACUCACAUGAACCAGGUUCAGCAAUAUCUGAUGAAGUAUUUUAUUCACCGGGAGAUUCGUUUUCAGCAUUUGGGCAUAACCACUCUCUGUGCAUUACAGAAAGAUCCAGACUUUCUGGCAGCAUUCAGUAACAGUGAACUGAAGAAGCACCUUGAUGAAAUCUGUCAACAAACUGAAAUUAUGCAAGAGCUUCUCAGUGUUGCUAUUGGACAUAUGGAUGCAUGAGAGACACUUCCAGCUUGCAUAUCAUUAGUCAGAAUGGAUAUCAUUAGCUCCUGAAUAGGCAGCUGAGGUAAGAUAUUGGCAUCUCAAGUUUAAAGGAGCAGCCGUGGAUAAAUCUACAACAGCUACAUACAUAAAUUAUGAUGUCAGUUAUUUGGGUAGAAAUGAAAGGGACAUUUCCUCCAUCACAAGGCAUGUAAACAGAAACCAUUGAAAAUGAUUGGGUUUGGUAUUAUAUCAAAAAUCUGCCACUGUUGCCUUAUCUAAGAUGGCUGGUUCAUUAUUUUGAUGCAUUCAUGGACCAGUCUUAAAAGAUUGUUCUACUAUACAGAUGCAAGACAGACGGACCAAUCUAAUCGUUGUUCUUUCAUACAAAUGUUGCAAUUUAGCACCAGCCUUGCUGAUUUGUAAUCUGCAGAUCUCUGCAGAUAUAAUCUUGCCCUGGAAUAAACCUUGACAACAUUCCUAUUUUAAUAAACUGAAAUUGGAUUGUUUUAAGAGCCUUGAAAUGGAAAAAAGAAAUCUCUGCUAGCAAAUAAUUAUGUGUAUGUAGGUUUCCAAGCUAAAUUUGUGAAGUUUUUAUUAAAAUGGGCAUUUCUAGAAAAAAUGUAUUUAUGUAAAAUGGUUGUGUUGUGACUACUUUAAGAUGCUGUAUAUUUGUAUAUAGGCAUGACUGAGUAAUCACGUCCUUGGCUCAUUAAUUGAUAUGACUUCAGAGAAGGGAGCUAGAGCAUCAUAUUAGAACAUGUGGAACAGGCAGAAAUAAUGGGAGACAGGUGGUUCAAUAAAUGACAGUUGCUGGAUCCAAAGGUUUCUAUUUAUGCACAUAUUUGUGUUAAAAUGCUCUGUAAGUAGAAAAAUGAUUUGGAUGACAUGGAGAUAUCCACCAAAGAGGACAUACUGUACCUAGUUGCACAAAGAAAGCUAUUCAGAACCUGUUUCUAUCCAUAUGUGAAGUGCAUAUGUUCAAGAGCUCUUACUUUAUUUCAGCUCUUACAUCUAAAUUAAAUCAAUUAUUGUAUCUUUUUGGGGGGAAAAACUGAAUAUUUACAUAGAAGAUUACUGCUUUCUUUGUGCUACUAAAAUCAAAUGUCUGGAAGCCAUGUGCAAAGUUUGUAUCUAAUAUAUUUUUGAGUGAUUCUGCAGUUGUCUGCAAACAUAGUAAAAAAAUGAAAGCUUUUGUUUUCUGGCUUUGCAUAUUGAAGAUUGAUCUGCAGGACCCACAAUGGCAGCGAAACACAUUUUCCACAAGAAACAAAACAUACUUUCUUCUAGCCGGUUUAUAGCUGGAAAUGCCCAUAUGGGUUUCAUCUCUUAUUAAAUUGGAUUUUUAAAUUGUUAGAAUCUUGUUUAUAGGAAGCAACAUAAAGAAAAUAAUAUUUUAGAGAAGAAUGUCACAGGACACAGAAGAAUGAGAACAGCCUCCUGAGAUGGAAAUGGUCAUCUGAGUCAUAUGCAGCAUUUCUUCUACGAAUGGGCUGUGUUCCUCAAGGACUGUUGAAUCUGUUCCUCCCAUUAGAUUGCAGGAAGACCCACUCUUGGCUCCCUCAUUAGACUUCCCAAACUUCCCAAAUAACUGAAUAUCAUCUAUUUCAUGUAAUCACCAUUCUGCAACAAUAUGAUAUCAAACAGACCAGGUCUUAGUGCCUUAGAAUCAAAGAUAGACUAUCCCA